AUGAGAGGGACUAACUCUCCUCGCGGGUUGAGCAGCCCUAGUUCCACUGAUGGGGUGGCUUCUCCCAAUGGGUCACCAGACACGAAACUCACUGCAUUCUCGCCAGAAGAUGUGCGAUCCAAAGCAUUUUCCGAUUCGAGUGCCUGGGGUCCAUUCGAUGAUUGGACUGGCUUCAAGCAGUUCUUCUCGACAGCUUCUUCAGAUCCGUUUCUUGUCCCAAAUAACGUGCCCAACCGGCCACAGCUCUCUCCAACAGCUGCAAGCUUCACACCAAUCGGAGUGGCUGAUGUUGUGGGCGCCAACCGAGUUCAUUUGAAGACCAAAGACCUAUCCUCAAGUGAAAUCUGCCUCCUCGCGGCCAGUUCUGAUGUCGACCCUGGUGCGGCUGAAGCCCUACCAAAUAGCCGUCUCGAACGGCCUGUGUCAGCUUAUGGAGCCAUUGGAAGCGAUAGAAUUCAUAGGGACUACAUCUCCCUCAGUCCGACCCGGAGCAAGUAUGAGCCAGAAGGACCUCUUCGGGCUUUACUUAUAGAGAAUGUUCCAAAUAACCUAACGUAUAUGUCACUUGCUGGAUUUUUCAAUCGUCGUGAAUUCACAUCCCUCAGAGGUCCUAUACUUUCCGAGCUAAGCUCCAUGGGCAAGGUAUAUGUUUCCUUCACCGAUUGCCGUGAAACUAAGAAGGCAAUUGAAAAGGUUCGCCUCCUCCGGCCAGAAUGGCGAGUCUUUUCUCUCACUCCCAAAGAGUACGUACAACAUCUAGACCCAGCCCUUCUUUCCCAGACGUCGGAUUACGAGGGCCAGCUGCUCGCCACUGUUUAUUACGACAGCCGCAACCCGAGGUUAAAUCAACGUACAGUGGCUCGAUCGUUAGAGACACUUGCCAUGACUUUCGGGGAUAUCAAGACCUUUACUGCGUCACCUUCUGGCCAGGAAAACAUUGCCGAGUUUCACAUAGAGUAUUUCAACAUCCGUGAUGCCGAAAAUGUUAUGACAACACUCAACGGCACCUCCGUGGACGAUUGUGUCGUUGAGGUUUCGCUAUUUAGGCCUGAUGUGGAGAGUGAAACGCAUCCGUCUCCCCACAGCCCGUGCUCCAUGAAAGGGAGCGUGUCCUGCCUUGAUGCUCCUCAUCAAGAAGAUGCAUCGUGGACUUCACCCCAGCACAAUCAUGCUCCUUACAUGGAACUAAGCCCUACAGGUCGCUCAACAAUACCCCCAGGUGAACAUGCUGGAUUGAUGGAUUGGAUGACUCGAGCAGGCGAAAGGAUUUUGCCGUCUCCUCGCCGCGAAAUUACUCGCUACCCCGAUAUACGCCUGAGCAACCAGAAUGCGGUAGAUGUCGAGCGCAUUCGCCUCGGUUUAGAUGUGCGCACCACCAUCAUGCUGCGGAACAUCCCCAACAAGAUUGAUCAGGCCAUGCUUAAAGCUAUUGUCGAUGAGACAAGCGCCGGAAAAUAUGACUUCAUGUAUUUGCGUAUUGAUUUUGCAAAUAAUUGCAAUGUUGGCUAUGCUUUCAUCAACUUCGAGGAUCCAAUCGAUAUAAUCGAUUUUGUUAAAGCACGAGCAGGGCGUACCUGGAACUGUUUUAACAGUGAUAAAGUUGCAGAGGUCUCAUACGCAACCAUUCAGGGCAAGGAUUGCCUUGUACAAAAGUUCCGCAAUAGUUCCGUGAUGCUUGAGCACCCGUCAUUUCGCCCCAAGAUCUUUCAUACCGGCCCUGGGCCUCUUGCGGGGAGGGAGGAUCGCUUUCCUGGCCCAGAUAACCCUUCGAAGAUGCGCCGUAGUAUCGAGAACGCGGAACAUGUUGGUCUGUUUGCCCCACGAGUUGGACAGCAGUAUCGAGACGAGCAACGUCGCCGUCGUUCCCAAUUCGACCGUGGAACAACUGCUGCGGAGCGUGAAAUAGUAUAUGUUCGGACUCUCGCUCCUCGGCGCCCCCUAGGUGCAGUUGGUAACGGUUUGAAAAGCGCUCCUUGCACCUACCCUGGGAUGAAAAUGUGGUAUGAUUCGGAUAUCUCUGACCAAGGCCCCAAGACAUCUUAG